AUGGAAGAGUGGGAUAUCAGCAAAGCGCCUGCUCCUCUCCCAAGCAUUAACCUCACUCGACUCGGCCCAGGGAUCUCGUUCUUGCUGCCUCUGUCGCGGAGAGGACACGGCCCAGGGUUAAUCCUUCUGGUGCCCAACACUGAUCACUCUCUGGACAUCAUCGAUGGAGUCCCAUCACCCCUGAUCAAAUGGGCGGAGGAAGGAUAUUCGGUUGUUGAAGUCCAAGAACAAGCUUUGGCUGGUGGUAAUGGUCACGAUGCAUUUACCAUCGCCUUGGACACUCUGGCAGCUAGCAAAGACUGUGACAAUGGAAAGAUAGGCUUGAUCGUGUACGACCCUCAACUGUGGACUUCUGUGGCCACCAUCGUCCCUGGCCUCCCGAGCAUCGUCGCGACUGUGAUAUAUGGAGAGGCUGGGGCUACACUGCCAAGGGCCUGUACUCCGGCCGCUCAGCCGAUUCUCUGCCACCUUGCGGGAACAAGACCCAAGACUCAGAGCCGCCAGACCAGCCAGACCAGCCAGACCAGCCAGCCCUCGGAGUAUUACUACCCCACCGCCAAAUCGUUUUCAUUUGCCACGCCCUUCACCGACGACUUUCUGUAUGGCCCGGAGUCUAUUUCUCAUACUCGCAGUCUGUCUUUCUUAAAGCCUUUGAUGGCAGGCCCGUACUUUGAUUUGGAGACCAUCUGGGAUGAGCACACCUUCUAUGAAUUCACCGACCGAAGUGUGGAGCACACUAUGAGUACCAUGCUUACCGGCGGAAUUGGUCGCGAAUCUCUUACUCACUUCUACCGGCACAAUUUUAUCUUCAACAAUUCCGCCGAUACUGAGACAGAGUUGAUCAGCCGAAGCCUCGGCAUUGACCGCGUCAUCGAUGAGUUCAUCUUUAAGUUCACGCAUGACCGGGAGCUGGAUUGGCUUCUGCCCGGAGUGCCCCCAACGCACAAACGCGCUGCAAUCCCCUUCACGGCGGUAGUGAAUAUCCGUGGGGAUCGACUGUACCACGAACACAUUUCAUGGGAUCAAGGUACCGUGCUCGCACAACUCGGGCUUCUACCGGAUUAUUUGCCCUUCCCCUGUCCUUUGCCAGAUGGUCGGAGGGUUGAGUACCGCGUGCCAGUGUGUGGGAUAGGCACGGCGGAGAAAUUGCGAGAUCACACGGCGGUCCCUUCGAACCAGCUCUUCGAGUAUAAGGUGCGGGAAUACUUGGAAGAGCCGUGA